AUGGCUUCUCCUCAAGAUCCCCCGUCAGACGCGUGUGAAAUACUCACGAUCUCCGCAAAGAACUUUACGGAGCACGCGAGUUUUGCCGAGUCUGUCAAGGGCAUUAUCUGCGAGGCUAAGCACUAUCAGCUAUUAACCGUGACCGACGUUCCUCUCGGGUGGGAGGACUUCCUAUGGGAGGCUGACGAAGACCUGCCGGCAAAUAGGAAGACCUACGAUCCUAUCACAGGUCUACUACGUGUUUCCAUCAUGCCUACCAAUGGUCACGAUGUAGCAAGCGGAUGGUUAUCACGGGCAAUGGUGCGGUGGACUCGUGCGGGGCUUACGAUUCCUCAAGAAGAGGACAUUCUGUAUACUAUGUCUGAUGCGAGCAUUGACUUCAAAUACGGCGUAUAUCGAGGCUGGAGAAAGCAACCUGACGCCGCCUUCCGUAUAGUAGGACUUAAUUUGCCUACGCUUGUCGUGGAAGUUGGCUGGUCUGAGGGGUAUCCUGAUCUCCUUGAUGAUAUGAACAAGCUGCUUGUUGGAGGAAAUGGCGAUAUUCGAGCCGUUAUCAUCAUCAAGUUCACUCAACAAGGCGUCAACGUUUCAGGCUUCCUCGAGGUAUACCGACUCAACUCGCAAGGCAUACCUUACCUCGCGCAAGACGAAACCGUCUUCCCCACUCCCCAAGGGCAAGCGGCCGCUCAGCAGCAAGUACGCGUUACACGAAGCGAGCUUUUUGGGAAGUUCCUCGUUCCAGCCAUGACGGGCGCAGAUAUUCUCCCCCUCGAUGUCGAUUGGCUCCGUAGCAUUUGCCGCUCCCAAAUCGCACUGAUGGGACUGGUUCCUGUCUAA